GCCCCGAGCCCGAACUGCUCCACUUCGCCUGCUCCUACAACGGCGGCCACGGAGGACCCGUGGUAGCCAUACUUGGUCUCGUUGGAAGCGCAGCGGCAGGGCUAGGCGCGUGUAAGCCGCUCAGCAUGAGCGGCCGACAACGCGCGUCUGCGGAAGGAGGUUCUCCUCACCGUCGCAGCCACGCGACGCAGCCCAUACCUCAUGGACAUUGGAAUGAACGCCUUCCCCGUAUCAUCACCGGCUAUCGAAUCGUGUCGCUCCACAAGAUGGGUACCGCCAUUGCUCACCACUGGCUCCGUGUACGGACAACUACCCUAUUCCUCAUAAAGUUUUUUUUCCUGUACAUCUAGUUAUCGACACAUAUUGUUUACCGGCCAAAUUAAUUUGAACAAAUUGCUUCAUUCAUUGUACUGAGCCCACAGGUUCAAACCCUCUACAUGCCAACUACUUUUUUUUUCUAACCGCAAAGGGCCCAUGGGGAAGGGGGGCCGAUAGCUACAACAAAAGUAUAGACUGAGAGAAAAGGCCUUGGCACACCCGCCCCAAAUGUAGCAAAUUCAUGUGGCUUUUAUUACACAAGAAAAUCUAGGUCAGUGUAUUUUUUACGAGAUGGAGUCGGAUAAUGUGUAGGAGCAGACACAUGCACAUAGUGGGAAGGAGUUGUCGAUGGACGCAUAGAUGGCGUCAAAUGGGAAGAAACUAGAAGAGUUUAAACCAUCUCGUGGAAUCCGAUAAGGGGACCCGUUGUCUCCAUACUUGUUCUUGUUAGCAGCAGAGGGCCUUUCGUGCCUCCUAAAAUCAAGAAGUGAGUCAUCAAACUUGAGUGGGCUUCAAGUGGCUGCCUCGGCGCCACCGGUAAACCACUUAUUAUUUGCAGAUGACAACCUGCUGUUUUUCAAGGCGAAUAGUAUGUGAGCGAUGGAGGUGUAGCCAGCGAAUUAAUUAUGCAAAAUCAUCUAUCUUCUUCAGCAAAGGGGUUCCAGAAAAUAUCCGCAAUGACAUAAAGGGCCUCUUGCAUGUACCAAAUGAGACACUGAAUGAAAAAUAUUUGGGUAUGCCUUCUGACAUCGGUUCCUCAAAGAAUGGUCCUUUCAAAUAUUUGAAGGAUAGAUUGUGGAGUAGGAUUCAAGGAUGGAUAGAGAAGUCUCUGUCCACGGCUGGAAAAGAGGUUCUUGUUAAGGCGGUUGCUCAGGCGGUGCCAGUAUACUCUAUGUCUUGCUUCAACUUACCAAGAGGGUUGUGUGAACAUUUGAAUAUGCUCAUAAGUAAAUUUUGGUGGGGGAGCAAAGAAGGUCAACGGAAGCCGCAUUGGGUUUCUUGGAAGGACAUGACUCAACCAAAAAGCAUGGGGGUUUGGGUUUCAAAAAAUUUGAGCUCUUUAAUCUGGCUAUGCAGCUGGCUAGACAAGCAUGGCAUUUGCUUCAAAACCCAGACUCACUGAGUGCUCGCAUCCUCAGGAGUGUUUACUAUCCAGGUUCAACAAUUCUUGAAGCCAGCCUCGGAUCCCACCCGAGUCAGAUUUGGCGAGCCAUAGUAGAAGGGAGAGAUAUUCUUCAGCAAGGGCUAAUAAAGAGAAUUGGGAACGGACAAAAUACAAAUAUUUGGACUGAAAACUGGUUACCUAGGGACGAGAUGCUCCGACCAUAUGGUUGUAGGACAGCGAACCCACCUCAGUUUGUUUCAGAAAUCAUAGAUCCAACUACGGCAACAUGGAACAUACAGAGGGUCCAAGAGGUUUUCCUUCCCAUGGACGUGAAAAUCAUCACUAGUAUUCCAUUGUGCACUCGUAAUAUAACUGAUUUCUGGUGAUGGCAUUUUGAGAAAAAUGGACAAUUCUCUGUCAGAUCAGCGUACAACAGGCUUGUAUCAACAAGGCAUCGCCAUGAGGCUUGGCUGAGCGGUAAUGCUAGCUCGUCAAGCAAUAUAGCCGAGCAAAACGAGUGGAAAACUCUGUGGAAAACACAAGUGCCCGGAAAAAUUAGAAUGUUCUUAUGGAGACUUUCAAAACAUACUUUGCCAACCGAAGAUGUUCGUUCUCAUCGACAUAUGUCAAACUCUAUGGCAUGCGGGCUGUGUGGGGCACCGGACUCAUGACACCAUUCUCUCCUGGAGUGUACUACUUCCAGAUCCACAUGGGCGUUGGUAGAGGAGGAGAUUGGGUAGUCGCUGGUGCACAACAGAGAGCCGAAAGCCAAACAGUGGCUGUUCACACAAAUGGAGGCAUUAUCACAUGCUCAUUUCGUCAAGCUAGCCGUCACUUUGUGGGCUAUUUGGUCGGCAAGGAGGAAGUCCAUCCACAAGGGGAUUUUUCGGAGUCCCCAGUCACUUUUCUCAUUCACCACCAGAUUCAUUGGAGAGCUGGAGAGUAUUAAAGAACGCAAACCGGUUGGGAUAUCAAGGACAGGAGGGGAUAUGCAACGUAGAACUCGUCCGAGAGCUCCUCCGGUGAACCAUGCAAAGCUUCAUGUGGAUGGGCCGUGAGACCAGGGCGAGGUGGUUCGGCAGCAGUUGUGUGCAGGGAUGCCGAGGGGAACUAGCUCGGUAGCACAGCCCUGGUGGUGCAAGGAGUGGAUGACCCAAUGAUUUUGGAGUCGAUAGCCUGCAGGGAGGCACUUUGUGCAGCUGAGGAUCUUCUGUUGCAGAGUUUUGUGGUCGCAUCAGACGCAAAACAGGUGGUGAGAGACAUUGCUGGAGUUUCCCACGGCAAACAUGGCGCAAUUAUCAGCGAGAUCAAAGCCCGUUCUACUGCUUUUUCCUGUAGUUUUAUUUUUGAAAGUCGAGGCAGUAACGUAGAAGCUCAUCGCUUAGCUAGGUACGCUCUUAAUCUAGCACCUGGGCGUCAUGUGUGGUUUGGCCAACCACAUAAUGUAAGCAUUAUCCCACUUUAUAUGGAAUUCGAUCAAUAAAGAACUGGUUUUCCCCUAAAAAAAUCAGCUAUACAGGCCACAACCCAUGACUUUGAGCAGCAGUACGAGAGAACACGCGAGCAAUACGAUCACAAAGAUUUUUUUAUUCGAAGGGAGCGAACACCCAGCACCAGGCCAUCCGCCGGAUCUCAAGGCCCAAGUCGUGCUUCACGAGGCCCAGACGAAGCGAACGAACGCCAGCCCACCGAAACCCUGCACCGCCACCGCCACCGAAACCCACUUUGUGGAUGCAGUUGUUGCAGUAUUUUCCAUCGAACUGCCCAGGGGGAGGAGCUUUUAUGCUGGUUGUGUUGUGCACGGGUGAGACGUUUGGUGUGGAUAUUUACCGUAGUCAUGGUUUUGUAUCUCAGGUGGGGUGGUGAUUGUGCUGGUGUGGGAUGGUCUGGGACGGUCAUGUUAGCGUGUUAUUCUUAUUAGGGGAGUGCUUCGGUACAAGCCCCCUAAAACGUAUAGUGGAUAGUAUGGUAAUUUCACAUUAGGUAUAGGAAUACCCACCCGACGCCGUACGUCCGCGCGCGACGUCAUACGCCCGCCCGCGUAUGCCGCACCCGACGCCAUACGUCCGCGCGCGACGUCAUACGUCCGCCCGCGUAUGCCGCACCCGUCGCUGUACGUACGCCCGCCCGCGUACCCGCACCCGUCGCCGUACGUCGCCGUCGUACGCCCGCACGUCUCGACGUUGGCGUCGACAGUUGUUGGAGGGAAAAAAAGGACACGACCCUGAACCCUAACACAUCCACGCCGUCUCCAUGUCGUCCCCCCGUCUGCGCGAAGUCGCCGUCGCCCGGGUCGCCGCCCAAACAGGCCGCCACGCGUGCCCCGGCGCCGUUACCGCUGCCGACGCGCGUUCCCAGGCUCCGUUGGCGCUGCCGCUACGUUCCAUUCCCGUCGCCCAGAUGGCCGCCCACCCGCGAUCUACGUCGCCGCCUCCCUCCGUGCAGUACGCCUGCUACGACCAGCCAUCUUCCUCACGCCGUCGACACCUGCCUCCGCCGACCAGCAACGUCAGGCCGUCAUCGCGUUCGUUAUCGGAACAAAUGGAUCCGACUGAAAUCCUGGCCGCCGUGCAAGAGUUAGAGGAGGAGGGCGAUUAUGAUGGCAAUGAUUACGGCGAGGACAACGAAACCUCGUCACUGAAUAUGGAUGAACCUGCUGAGGAGAACUACAUGAGUUUGGAUGAAUCUUAUAGUGGCAAUCGACAUGGCGAUGAUGAUGAUGAUAUGGAUAUAGAUGAUUCAUUUGACGAAAGUGCACUCCGGAUGGACGAGGAUGGGGACUUUGUGAGGAAUAUUGUGGACGAUGAAAGUGACAAAUCGCACAUUGAUGCAUCUCAUGAUGACAGCUCCAGCAAAGGAGAUGUAGAUGGUACAAGCGGGAUGUUAACACCAAAGGCGCACCAAAACAGAAUGUUAAAGGCCGCGGUAAGGAUGGUCCUGAUGUCACUAAAAAUGGGUGACCUAAAGCUUUUGAUGAGAAAAGCAAACGUCAAUGUGGACAGUGCGGUCUUCCGGGUCAUUAUAAGUCCACGUGCCCUCAAAAUCCUAAGAACUUUGUUUGAAUUGUGGAGUAUGGAAGAUUGCUUCACCCUUUGAUUGAAGACAGUUUUAUUAUGGAUUGCUAUGGAAGAUUGCUUCACCCUUUCAUUGGAGACAGUUUUAAUGUUCUAUAUAUGUGAUCUUUAAUAAUUGUUGAAAUAUGAACUUAUUUUACUUUGUCCAUGUCAGACUAUUUGCUACGAUACCGACAUAAGUAGUUGUUUUCAUGACAGACUAUGUAAUGCAACAAGGAGUUUUUACUUUGUUUAUUUUGAUGUGC